AUGCGCUGCCUUUGGAUCUUGUCCGCCCUCGCCUGGGUCGCCGAGGCCGCCGCUCAAGACAUCACCGACGACGACUCUCCAAAGAUUGAAGCACACCGCUUCAUCAUCGAAUUCGCCAGCGCAAGAAUCCGCGUCCUCAAAACCUUUGACUCGCCACUCUUCUCCGGCGCGAGUCUAGAAACAAACAACCACUCCCUCGAAUCCCUCCUCAUCCUCCCAGACAUCGUAGCCGUCUGGCCCAACAUGCAGGCAUGCCUCAUCGCCCCCGUCAAGCGCCAAGUCGCAGUCGACCCCACCGCGGCAGCAGCGCACGCAGUACACUGGGCCACGGGCGUCGAUGAACUCCACCAACAAGGCGUCCGCGGGCAGGGCGUGAAAGUCGGCAUCGUCGAUACGGGCGUAUGGUACAAGCACACCGCCCUCGGCGCGGGUUUUGGCCCCGGGUUCAAGGUUGCCGGCGGCCGGGACCUCGUCGGGGACGGGUGGGUCGUCGGCACCGAGAAGAAGCCCGAUGCGGACCCGGCUGAUGAGCAAGGGCACGGGACGCAUGUCGCGGGGAUCCUUGCCGGGGAGGAUGUUUCUACCGGGUGGGUUGGCGUUGCGCCUGAUGCGAGUUUGUAUUCGUAUAAAGUCUUUGGUCCGGGUGAUGGGACGGAUCAAGCGACUAUUAUCGAUGCGUUCCUCCGCGCGUACGAGGAUGGGAUGGAUGUUAUUACUGCUAGUAUCGGCGGUCGAGGGGGAUUCGCGAGUAAUGCCUGGGCUGUCGUUGCGAGCCGGAUCGCUGCUGAGGGCGUGGUCGUCACCAUUGGCGCCGGGAACUCGGGGAACGGAGGGGCGUACUACGCCAGCACGGGGAGUUCGGGCGAGCAUGUGCUCAGUGUUGCGAGUGCGGAGGUGAAGCGCGAUGAGGUGACGGGAGGAGGUAUCCUGCGGCCGUCGUAUUUCACGAGUUGGGGCGGGUUAUAUGAUUUGUCUGUCAAACCUGAUGUUGCUGCGCCAGGGACGGAUGUGUUUAGUACGUGGCCUGGUGGGGAUGAUAAUGAGUUUGUGUUGCUGUCUGGGACGAGUAUGGCUACACCUUAUGUUGCUGGUGUUGCAGCGUUGUAUAUCUCUAAGCAUGGCGGGAGGAGUGUUCACGGCAAGGGGUUUGCGAGGGACCUAAGUAUGAGGAUCAUCUCAACGGGGGCCUCGUUACCGUGGUUGUUGUAUAGUGGCGAUGCGGAUGAGGCGUAUCGGGCCCCGUCGCAGCAGGUUGGUGGUGGGCUUGUUGAUGCGGCCAAGGUUGUUGGAUAUCGAACGAGCUUGGAGCUGACGAGGUUUGGGCUGAAUGAUACUGCCAACUUCCGCGCGAAUCAAGGGGCCCUGGUCAGGAAUGGGGGGAAUGAGACGGUGAGGUAUAGCUUCGAGGUUGAGCGUUGGGCUGGGGUUGAGAUGCUCAAGGCUUUUGACGGACGGGACCCGGGAGAGACGCCAAGGAUUAAGUAUAGGGCAGAGAUUGUGCCUAGUAAUAUCUCGGCGAGGGUUACGGUGCCGGAGGAGUUUGUGUUGGGUCCUGGAGAGGAGAGACGAGCAGAAUUCAUCUUUGAGGCGCCAGAGGGGGUUAAUCAAACAGCGCUUCCGGCCUACGGCGGUCGUCUCUUGGUCAAGAGCAACAACGGGGAGACUGUCUCCGUUCCCUAUCAAGGAUUGGCUUUCAACUUGCAAGAGCAGAUGGAGAGUCCCUUCCAUGGAACAUACCCGUGGUUGAGGUCAACAAGCGCGUACAGCAAUAAAACAACCUUCAACUUUGAACUGGCUAGUGGUAUACAAGACUUUCCCAUGAUGUUCAUGAAGGUCAAAUGGGGCACAAGAGAGGUUCGGUGGGAUAUUUAUGGAUCCGACUUUGACGAGGCCAGAGACUGGGAAUACCCUCCCGUGUCCGGACAACGAGGCUACAUCGGCGCAGCCACAUCCUGGGCCUCUGCCGGUAAGACGUCGAGCUUCAACCCCGCUCGUCACAACGCCAGCGAUACUUUCUCGUUUCCAGAGACGGAUGUCGCGAGAAACGCACUGACGACGGGCGGGUUUACGACAGCGUACUAUUGGUUUGGCAAGUUGGGCGACGGAAGUGUCAUGGCACCGGGCAAUUACACAAUGAGGUUUGCGGUGCUGCUACCAUUUGCUGAUCCCCAGCUAAGUGAGAGCUGGAAGGGGUUGACGACCAAGUUCACAGUCUUGCCGAAAAUUGGGAACAGCACGAUCAAUAGAAGGGGAUUCUGGUGA